GCCUCGCUGAAUCCAAAUGCUCAAAACUUCUCUCUGUUUUCAUCUCUUCCAAUUGUUCUUCGCCUUCCAUUUUCCUUCUCAAUCUCUCCAUGAGUUAAUUGCUACUCUAUGAUCUCUGUGACCUUCCCCAAUGGGUUGCGUUCUUGGCAGACAAGUCGCCAAUGAUUCCCGGAGCCCAUCCAGACCUCCCCGUCGCCGUCGGAGCAUUGAUCACCACUCUCAUAUCGACGGAGUUAAUGGCAAGAGUGUUAUGGAACAGACGACAUCGGCAGAAAAACAAGGAGUUAGGCAGGAUGUGGAUUCCUUGUCUGUAGAGCACCGGAGGCCUUCACCGAGUAUUUGUCAGAGAAAUGAGCAAGGCUGGCCGGCGUGGUUGCUAGAGGUUGCCGGUGAAGUGAUGGAAGACUGGACGCCUCGUCGCGCUAAUACAUUUGAGAAGCUUGCUAAAAUAGGGCAAGGGACGUAUAGCAAUGUGUACAAGGCGAGGGAUCUUAUUACUGGGAAAAUUGUUGCUCUGAAGAAGGUCAGGUUUGAUAAUUUAGAACCGGAGAGCGUAAGAUUUAUGGCCAGAGAGAUUUUGGUUCUGAGACGCCUCGAUCAUCCCAAUGUGCUUAAGCUUGAGGGCUUAGUUACUUCCAGAAUGUCGUGUAGUCUUUACUUAGUGUUCGAGUAUAUGGAACACGACCUCGCCGGACUUGCUGCCGGUCAAGGAGUCAAGUUCACGGAACCUCAGGUUAAAUGCUACAUGAAGCAAUUAUUGUCUGGGCUUGAACAUUGUCACAAUCGAGGAGUUUUGCAUCGUGAUAUAAAGGGUUCCAAUUUGCUAAUUGACAACGAAGGAAUACUUAAAAUAGCUGAUUUUGGGUUAGCUACUUUUUUUGAUCCUCAACAGAAGCAACAUAUGACUAGUCGAGUAGUAACCCUUUGGUACCGUCCUCCUGAACUAUUGCUUGGAGCUACUCUUUAUGGUAUAGGGGUUGAUCUUUGGAGUGCUGGCUGCAUCUUGGCCGAGCUGCUCGCUGGGAGGCCAAUCAUGCCAGGAAGGACAGAGGUUGAACAACUCCAUAAGAUAUUUAAAUUGUGUGGUUCUCCAACGGAGGAUUACUGGAAGAAAUACAAAUUGCCGAAUGCAACUCUUUUUAAACCCCAACAUCCAUACAAACGCUGCAUUGCGGAAACAUUCAAGGAUUUUCCAUCUUCUUCUCUACCUCUCAUCGAAUCUCUCCUUACAAUGGACCCUGAUGGGCGAGGUACUGCCUCUGCUGCUCUCAAUAGCGAAUUCUUCACUACCAACCCUCUUGCUUGUGAACCAUCAAGUCUGCCUAAAUAUCCUCCAUGCAAAGAAUUGGAUAUAAAGUUGAGAGAUGAGGAGGCUAGAAGGCGAAGAAGACUAAGUGGGAAAGCAACAGCUGCUGAUGGUGGUGGCAGGAGAGUACGAGUACGGGAUCGAGUUACUCGGGCUGUCCCAGCUCCUGAAGCUAAUGCAGAGAUACAAUCAAACUUAGAUAGGUGGAGAAACACGACCAAAUCAAAUGCUAAGAGCAAGAGCGAGAAGUUUCCCCCACCCCAUCAAGAUGGGGCAGUAGGGUAUCCGCCACACGAGACAUCCCAGAGGGGCCAUUCAUCAUUUGGCGCAGCUGAUGCUUCAUUCAGCUCCUCAAUCUUUAGUUCAAAGUCUGAAUCUAUCAAAACUACAGGAGCUCCAGAGGGACCUUCCCGGAGAAAGAGAACCAACAGAGAUACUUCAUCUCGAAAAUUCAUGCGUGCACUCAAGCCAUCAAUCGGGCUAUCAAUGGAUCUGUUGUUUAGAGGUAAAUAAAAGAAAUACAUAUCUUUGAGUUUGGCUUAUAUUCCUUCACCCUAAAAAUCAAGUUCUUCCCCAUUUCAGCUUGAUAUAUAAUAUACACAGUAGAAUAGAAGAUAGGCUGAGGAGAAUUCUGUAUAUUCUGCACAAUGGGUUCCAAAUGCCAUUGUUUUACUGUCCCUUAUACAUUAAUAUCAUCGUAUUAUUGUUCUUCUGUA